UUCAGGCAUUUUGUUUCUUCUGCUCACUCUCUUUGCUCCUUCCUCUGCGAUCACAGUGUAGAUGCAAAUGCUCCAAGAUGAAUUCAGAGUUCUAACCAAAAGCGAGACGAAGAUGAGUGUGUGGAAUUAUGUGGUGACGGCUUGCAAGCCUACCAGCGUUACUCAUUCCUGCGUCGGCAAUUUCACCGGUCCUCAGGACCUUAAUCUCAUCGUUGCGAAAUGCACUCGCCUAGAGAUACAUUUAGUCACGCCUCAAGGUUUACAGUCUCUGUUGGAUGUGCCUAUCUAUGGCAGAAUUGCCAUGCUUGAGCUUUUUCGCUUUCAUGGGGGCGUCCAAGAUCUUCUUUUCAUCGCAAUGGAAAAAUAUAAGUUCUGUAUUUUGGAGUGGGAUGCUGGUACUGGUGAACUCAUGACAAGAGAGAUAGGAGAUGUUUCAGAUAAAGUAGGCCGCCCUACAGACAACGGACAGAUUGGCAUAAUUGAUCCUGAUUGUAGAUUGAUUGGACUUCAUCUACAUGAUGGGUUGUUCAAGGUUCUUCCAUUCAACAAUAGAGGUCAACUUGAAGCACAAUUUAAUCUUAGGCUGCGAGAGCAGCUAGUAUUGGACAUCAAGUUUCUGUAUGGAUGUCAAAGGCCAACCAUUAUCGUACUUUACCAGGAUAGCAGGGAUGCUCGUCACGUCAAAACAUAUGAGGUUAUUAUAACUGAUGCAGCACUCGUUGAGGGUCCAUGGUAUCAGACAAAUCUUGAUAAUGGGGCAGCUUUGUUAAUCCCAGUGCCACCUCCAUUUUGUGGUGUCCUAAUUAUUGGUGAAGAAACAGUUAUGUAUCGCAGUGCCUCUACUGUCAAAGAAAAAGCAGUAAAAACUUACGUAACAAGAGCUUAUGGAAGAUUUGAUGAGGGUGGUUCACGUUAUUUACUAGGCGAUCAGAAUGGACUUUUGCGUGUACUUGAUAUCAUCCAUGAAGACGAGAAAGUAACUGGAAUCGAAAUUGUGGUCUUGGGGAAAACUUCUAUUGCAUCAUCAAUCUCAUAUCUUGGCAAUGAUACUGUUUUUGUUGGCUCAAAUCUUGGAGAUUCACAGCUCAUAAAACUUGGUAGUCAACCAGAGGCAACAUGUUCUUGCAUUAAACUACUGGAAAGUUAUGUCAAUUUGGCACCUAUUGUUGAUUUUUGUGUGGUUGACUUGGAGAAGCAAGGCCUAGGUCAGGUUAUAACAUGCUCUGGAGGCUAUAAAGAUGGAUCUCUAUGCAUUGUACGCAGUGGAAUUGGAAUAAAUGAACAGGCAUCCAUUGAACUUCAAGGUAUCAAAGGGAUUUGGUCAUUACGAUCAGCUACUGAUGAUCCAUAUGACACUUUCUUGGUUGUUAGCUUCAUUAAUGAAACACGUGUUUUGGCAAUGAACAUCGAUGAUGAAUUGGAGGAAAGUGAGAUAGAAGGUUUUAAGUCAGACGUACAGACCUUAUAUUGCCAUGAUGCUGUCUAUGAUCAACUUGUGCAGGUUACAUCAAAUGGAGUUAGACUUGUGAGUUCUAUCACCAAACAGCUCCGUACUGAGUGGUCACCUCCUGCAGGGUAUUCGGUUAAUGUUGCCACAGCCAAUAGGACUCAGGUUUUGUUGGCUACUGGCGGUGGUUAUUUGGUGUAUCUGGAAAUUGGUGAUAGUAUUUUAACAGAAGCCAAACGUGCCCAGUUAGACUAUGAUAUCGCAUGCCUGGACAUCAAUCCAAUUGGUGAUGAUCCAAAUAAUAGUCAACUAGCAGCCGUAGGAUUGUGGACUGAUAAUAGCGUUCGGAUAUUUUCACUUCCUGACUUAACUCUUGCUCGGAAGGAGCUUUUGGGAGGGGAUAUAAUUCCUCGUUCUGUACUUUUAUGUACUUUUGAAGGAAUAUCCUACUUGCUAUGUGCCCUUGGAGAUGGGCAUCUCCUCAAUUUUGAAUUGAAUACACGUAACGGAAAGCUGACAAACAGAAAGAAAGUUCCAUUGGGAAUACAGCCAAGUACACUUGGUAUUUUUUCAUUAGAGAAUGCCACACAUGUCUUUACUGCUUCAGAUAGACCAGCAAUCAUUUACACCCGCAAGAAUAAAAUGAUUUACAGCAAUGUCCAUUUAAAGGGAGUCCGUCAUAUGUGCCCUUUCCAUUCUGCUGCUUUCCCUAACAGCAUUGUAUAUAGUACAGAGGACGAGCUUACGAUUGGUACCAUUGAUGAUAUGCAAACGAUUCGUGUACGAUCUAUCCCACUGGGGGAAACUGCCCGGCGCAUAUGCCAUCAGGAGCAGACUCGUACCUUUGCCAUUUGUUGUUGGAGGUAUAACGAGGAAGACCGUGAAAUCCACUCUAUCCGCCUGUUAGAUGAUCAAACUUUUAUGUGCAAAUCAACCUUUGCCCUGGAUGAGUUUGAGUGUGGUUACUCCAUUCUUAGCUGCUCAUUUUCUAGUGACGAUUGCGUGUACUACUGCGUUGGUACAGCAUAUGUAGUGCCCGAAGAGACUGAGCCUACCAAGGGUCGUAUCUUAAUUUUUGCUGCCGGAGAUGGGAGACUCAAGCUAAUCGCUGAGAAGGAAACUAAAGGCACUGUCUACUCUCUUAAUGCCUUCAAUGGGAAACUGCUUGCUGCUAUAAACCACAAGAUCCAAUUGUAUAAAUGGGAGCUCGGAGUUGAUGGUCUCGGUGAGCUGCAACCUGAAUGUGGACAUCACGGCCACGUCCUUGCCCUCUAUCUAAAAAGCAGAGGGGAUUUAAUUGUUGUUGGUGAUGUGGUGAGAUCAAUGUCCCUCCUGAUUUACAAGAGUGAAAAAGGAGCUAUCGAGGAGCUGGGUCGAGACGGCAAUGGAAAGUGGAUGACUGCUGUUGACUUUUUGGAUGAGGACGUUUACCUUGGCACGGACAUUAAUUACAAUCUGUUCAGUUUGCGCAGGAGCAGUGGUGGUAAAACGGAGGAGCGUGGGCAGCUAGAGGUGGUAGGGAAAUACCACCUGGGCGAGUUCGUGAACCAAAUGAGAGAGGGUUCGCUGGUGGUGCGGCUUCCGGAGUCAGAGUUGGGCGGCGGUGCAAGCGUGCUGUUCGGCACAGUGAGUGGCGUCAUAGGCUUGGUGGCAUCUCUUCCUGGAGACGAGUACGGCUUCUUUGAACGUCUCCAAACACAGCUAAGGAAAGUGAUCAGAGGCGUGGGAGGGUUGACCCACGAGGCGUGGCGAUCCUUCUGCAACGAGAGAAUAACCUCAGUGCCCGACAGGUACUUCUUGGAUGGUGAUCUGAUCGAGUCGUUCCUGAACCUUGAUGGGACUCUGAUGGAACAAAUUUCUGGUGCCAUGGAAUUGCCCUUGGAGGAACUGAUAAUCAAGGUACGACGACUCACCAGGUUACACUAGUAAUACAAAUAGUCUUCCUCACUCACUCACUUGCUCAUAACAUGACAUGACAUGACAUGUCUGCUGUGUGUGUUACUUUGAUUUUUGGCACUCACUUGUUCCUUUUCUUGCUGGGUUGAAUUUGGUUUUGGUGGGUAGGUCAAGGUGGAAGUAGUUGUAUUGUUGUUGGACCAAAGUAAAGCCCUGUGAGAUAUAUAGAUAGAUUGACUGAACAAACAAUAUUACUACAAUCUACAUCUACAAUACAUACAUUCAUGUCUAUGUGUCUGAUAGACGAGUAGAUUGGGGUAGUCAAACAAAUGAAUAGUU